CUGGUGCUGAUCAACAAGCGGCAGUUACCGCCAACAAAAGGCAAGAGGAGUAGCACAUCUAACAAUGUCGCGGUUGCUUUUGCCAAAUCGUCUUUGUGCCAGAUGUUCCCCACUGACAGCGCGCGGGUCUCCUCUGUCGACACCGCGAGCCGCAGCGCGAGACAAGCAUCGGCUGUCAGAUGUUUUUAUUCAACAGCAAAGACGAUGCGUCGGAGGGUCAAGCACAGCCUAUUUUAAGUACAAGUCAAAGUCCAGGAUUUGGAUAUGUGGAGUUGGUGUGGGGUUUGCAAUAGCUGUCGGACUGAAAUAUCGCGCGGACACCGCCGACAGCUCGUUCGACGACAGAGUGAGAGAAGAACCGAGUACUGAUCGAUACAGCUAUGCCGUCAAAGUUAGCAGAGACCUUCUGGAGCGGAUAAAGGCUGAGGUCGGGGCUCCAGGGAUGCUGGUUGGAGUAUCUGUGGAUGGUGCUCAAGUCUGGAGUGAAGGGAUCGGUUAUGCUGAUUUGGAGAACCGUGUGCCAUGCAGCCCCGAAACAGUGAUGCGAAUUGCCAGCAUUAGUAAGCCCCUCACAUCUGCAGCCGCUGCACGGCUGUGUGAGGAGGGGAAACUCGAUCUUGACGUCCCUGUUCAGAAAUACGUCCCAGAAUUUCCCCAGAAACAAUUUAAUGGACAGGAUGUCACAAUAACCCCCCGUAUGAUUCUGUCCCAUCUGAGUGGGAUACGGCAUUAUGAGAAGGAUGCAAAGAAAGUGAGGGAGGACAAGGAGAAAGCGAAGCGUCUUUUAAAGCCGGAAAAAAAAGAGGAUGAAAAGAGCUCAUCUGAAAACAAAGAUAAACCUGCAACAGAACAGAACAGUAAAGGCAAAGAAGCUGCUCAGGCUCCAAAGAAAAAGGAGUUUGAGCACGAGGAGUACUACUUGAAAGACAACUUUGAAAGUGUCACUAAGGCUUUGGACCUUUUCAAGGACGACCCACUCAUUUUCAAACCUGGUACCACUUUUCUGUACUCCACCCACGCCUUUACUCUGCUCAGUGCUGCUGUAGAGCGAGCUGCAGGACAGCCCUUCCUGGAUGUCAUGACUAACAUGUUUCGGGAGCUGGGAAUGCUCAAUACCGUGCCUGAUGAGAACGACCCUAUUAUUUACCACCGCUCCAGAUUUUAUCAUCUCAACAAGAAAGGACGUGUUGUGAACUGCCCGUACGUCGACAACUCCUACAAGUGGGCAGGUGGCGGCUUCCUUUCCACCGUGGGUGACCUGCUGCUGUUCGGUAAUGCUCUGCUCUACAGCUACCAGGUGGCUCACCUAAAAGACACCAAGGGCUUGCUCCCCGGCUUCCUCAAACCCCACACCGCCAUAGAGCUGUGGGCACCAGUAGACAGGACAGAGGCCAGCUGGGAUAAGGAUGGACUGUACGCGCAGGGCUGGCUGGUGGUGGAGAAACUACAGAAAUAUGGCCAGUGCAGGAAGCGCAGGCACUACGUAUCACACACAGGAGGCGCUGUGGGAGCCAGCAGCGUCCUCCUGGUGUUACCCAGUGAGGAGAUAGAUGAGUGCCGAGGACAGACCCCGCUCCUCCCACAGGGUGUGGUGGUCAGCAUCAUUACUAACAUGCAGUCUGUGGGACUCAACAGCACAGCCCUGAAAAUUGCGCGUGAGUUUGACAAAGCCAGAAGCUUGUAAGAGUAAGUUGUUUACAGAUAUGUGUGGCUAUUAUUUUACUGAAAAGUAUUUCAGAUAAACCGUAGAAAUUUUGAUAAUGCUUUUAAAUAAUUUUAUGAAAUCUUAAACGUAUUUUCUAUACAUUUAAGAUGAAUUUUAAACAUAAACUCUGCUUCAUUUCCAUCACAGCACUUGGCAGGGAAGCCACACUGCCACUAGGUGGAAGCAGUUUACUACAUUUCUACCACAAAAAGAAGGCCACAGAUUUUUGGUGUCAAUUUGCUGUCUUCAGAGCCUCAUGCACUUCUACCUCCUUAAAGCUAACACAACAGCAUCAAUAUAAUAUAUUUCUGCAUCUGGUAGAGAUGGAAACAUUUCAUACACAAGAGAAAGAUGUUUGUUGCUUUUUAAAGCAGCAUUGUACAACUCCAAAGUCUACGUCACACGUAAUGACUUUUAGGGCCCACCCGAAACAGAUAUUUCCUUGUUGUGACAUGACACGACAUGACAUGUAUGCUGUGCAGAUUGCAAAGCCCCUUGAGGCGAUUUGUGAUAUUUGGCAAUACAAAUAAAACCGGCUUCACUCGACACACUUGUGUGUCAGUUAA